UCCGGUGUCUUCCCGUCCAUUAGCAUCCAAUACCCCCGAACCAACCUAAACGAUAUCCAUCUCCGGCCCCCAAAAAUAUCCUUCGAAAACUACUUCUUGUCGAUCCAUCAUUUUAACUGAAUGAAAUAUUUCAUCACGUUCAUCAGAUGCAGGGCUCUGGCCCCGUCUCCAGCAGCUGAAGCCCGCAAGUCCUGUCCGCUCUGCUCCACGGCCUUCCUCCUGUCUGAGCCAUGACCACCCAGAGGGAUAAUGAUUUGGUGCACCUCCGCCUUAUCUUGGUCAGUGGCAAAACACAAGACUUCACUUUCUCUCCAAAUGACUCGGCCACAGACAUCGCCAAGCAUGUGUUUGACAACUGGCCAGCAGGAUGGGAGGAAGAGCAGGUGAGCAGCCCCAGUAUACUGCGCCUCAUUUUCCAGGGACGCUUUCUUCAUGGAAAUGUUACCCUGGGAGCUCUGAAACUGCCACCAGGACGAACAACCGUCAUGCACCUGGUUGCCAGGGAGACUCUGCCAGAGCCCAAUUCUCAUGGUCAGAGGAACAGAGAAAAAACUACAGAAAGCAACUGCUGCCUCCUCUUGUAAAGCAUCAGAAAUAGACCCUGUCCCCUUCACCAACAUCAUGCAAACUAAACAUAACACGCACCUAAACAUGCACAAAUUCCCUCACUCUUUUCUCCUGCUGCUCAUCUGUUCACCUGCAGAUCUGGAAGAAACCGCAGGAAGUCCGUUUCAGGGACAUGACCCGCUUUGGUUGAACUUUUGUCCGAUCUGAGGCUUUUUCUUUUGUAUUCGUGCCAAUGUCGUCGUCCGCCCCACCCCACCCCCUCUGGCUCUGAGUUUCUACCCUGUCAGCACAGCAUUACUCUCUGUUGUUGUUUCUGUUUAUUUUAAGAUUCUUUAGUACACGCGCUCUGUCGCACAUGGUUGCUGAUGGAGUUUUUAAAAAGCUGGCAUUUUUAGUGUUAAAUACCUGAAAGCUUAUUGCUUUUUAAUGGACUAUAAAGGAUUUGUGGGCUUUAACCCAUCCCUACUAUCUACAUAGACAUUUCCCCAGGUCCUUCUACACUUAACCUGUCUAAUUAUGAAGUGUUUAUUAAUCAGUCUCCUUCACAAUCAUAAUUAGUUGUUUUUUGGGUUUUAUUGGUCACGUAUCCAGACCUAAGAUUCCCACAUCAUAGGAAAAAUCCUGCCGUCCUCCUCAGUGACUUUUCCUCUAUAACUAACCGAUCAGCCUGCGUUCAGUGGUCUCUGUCAGAGGGUCCAUGCACGACAUUCAGUGAAGAGAAACUGUUAAGGAUCCACCGCAGACGGAGACAACCCGGGGAGAAAGAGAUGAUGUGAUUAGAGAUGUUUGCACAGGUUUUUAGAGCCUUGACGUGUUGGGUAUGAUUUUAGUAUUUUGUUUUGCAGGGUGCUGACAUGGCAGGUAAGGUAAAUGCCAGCAGGAACAUGAAGGCUGUAGGGAAAUAUUUUGCCGGUUUUAGACCCAAACACUGGAAGCUCAAAACACGGCAGAAUAUUUUUAUUUUUAACGCCCUGGACUGAUAAGGAAAAAAUGGAAAAUAGGGCGGCUUUUCACCUCCCUCUCAUUUGGACAGUCUCUACUUUGUUUGCCUUUUAUUGUGGAAUUCAUUAAUAUCAUUAAUAAUAAGGAAAUUUAAAUAUCAGUUUUUAUCUUGUGUAUAGGUAUUUGUUGAGUUUUAGUGAGGGUGAGUUUGUGUGCGAGUCUGAGGCUGAGUGAUGCACGUGGCAUUCUGUGUGAGGACUAGUGAGACUUAUUUUUAAAGUGGUGCACUGUGACGGGCCGCGGUCUCUUCACAAACCUUUUGAUUCCUUCCAUUGAGUGUCCUUUGGUUUGUGUUUUUGUCGAUCAGUGUCACUGCUAUGAAGUUUUAGCUCAGUAUGAA